GAGGUUUUGGUUCCUGAGACUACAUUAUAUUUAAUUUCUCAGGAUAAAGAUGGUUUAGAACUUGAAUUUGCACGAGAAAUUAUGGAGGGUAGUGCUGAUCUUGGUGAUUAUGUACAUUCAGAAUAG